AUGCUUUUCACACUAAUUGUUGCCAUAACAAUAAUAUCAUCAUUGGCGACGUUCCUACUAUUAUUUGGUGAUUCCCCCAGUUUUCGAAAUACCCCUAUACAAAAGCUACGAAACAGCUUAUUAUCAAUAUCUCGAGAUCUAUUCCAGUUUUAUCAAUGGUUGGAUAGAAAACUAAAUGGCCAACUAUUAAAAAUUUUGAAUUGGCUAGUACCAUUCGGAUACGUUGUGGUUGUAACAGUUUGUUUUCAACAGUUUUUGACUCACACUUUGCCCAUGUUGCCUAGUCCAAGUCGCUUUCAACUUUUUACAAUAUAUUUCUCCAUGCUUCUAAUAUAUGUAUCGACUAUAUUAUCAUCAUUCAGCGAUCCAGGAAGAGUAACAACGUCAAAUUUAAAACUUUAUCCAUAUGUUCCCAACCAGUUGAUAUUUUUCGAUGGGAAAAUCUGUUCAACAUGUCAGAUAACCAAACCAGCACGUUCAAAGCAUUGUUCAGUUUGUAAUCAAUGUUUUUUGUUAUAUGAUCAUCAUUGUGUUUGGAUAAACAAUUGUGUUGGUUAUUAUAAUUACAAGUGGUUCUUGUUGUUUUUGAUUUCCAACAUCAACAUGCUAGGAUACGGUGGGUGGUUAUGUUAUUCGGCAUUGACUCCUGUCUCUUGGAGGAAGAUAACUUCAACCAACAAUGCAAAUAAAGUCACCGGGAUCUUUUUGAUUUUGUGCUCUAUAUUUAUUGUGAUAACAACAUUAUUCACUCUUUUACAUUUGCGGUAUAUUUAUCUUGGUGUCACAACUAAUGAAUUGGAUAAAUGGUCUGAAAUUGACCACUUGGUUGGCUUAGGUGUACUUUAUAAAAUAGAACCGUCCAUUGAUAAUGAAAAUUAUGUUGAACGAGCAAUCUUAGAUGGAGACGUGGUAUACAUUAGCUUGAAAAAUGAAAGGAUUUUAGUUGAUAAAAGCAAUGUCAUGAAUUUCAAACUUCAAUUAAUUCUGUCAGUAGAAAACGAUUUAGUUAAUAUUUACGACAAUGGUUUUUGGAAUAAUUUGAUAGAGCGGCUCAAGUGGUAA